CCCGCUCAGGCCAUUAUGAGGUUUGUCCGGUGCCUGGAUACUGAGUCAGUGGUGGGUUUAAUGAUUGACAGAGCUGAGGGGGAGCUGGGGGGCAGCUGGACUGACGGCUCUUCACUCCGUGACCAGUCGCCUAGGGACGCUCUCUUACGCGCGAGCAUGCUCCUUCUCCUGUGCGCGCUCUGCUGCGCGCUUCAGGGGGCCGCGGCCGAACCAGGCGCGGGGUUGCGCACGUGGUCGCGCUUCUCCCGACUGCCCUACCCGGCUGACAAGGCGUUCCUGUACGACACGUUUCCGCGCGGCUUCGCGUGGGCCGCGGGCACGGCCGCCUACCAGGUGGAGGGCGCGUGGCAAAAGGACGGCAAGGGCCGGUCCGUGUGGGACGUGUUUACGCGCGGAGGGGCGCGCGUGCUCACGGGCGACGUGGGCAGCGACAGCUACCACAACUUGCGCGCGGACGUGCGCGCGCUGCGCCAGCUCGGCGUCACGCACUACCGCUUCUCGCUCUCGUGGUCGCGCAUCUUCCCCGACGGCGACGCCGCGAGCGCGCAUAACGCUAAAGGUGUGGAGUAUUACCGCGAGCUGAUCCGCGAGCUGCGGGACAUCGGCGUGCAGCCCGUGCUCACGCUCUACCACUGGGACCUGCCCGACAGCCUGCAGCGCCGCUACGGCGGCUGGAACAGCUCGGUGCUCGUGCAGAUCUUCACCCGGUACGCGGACUUCUGCUUUCGCACCUUCGGUCAUGAUGUGAAGCUCUGGAUCACCAUGGAUAACCCGUUCGUGGUUGCCUGGCACGGGUACGGGACGGGGGUUGUGGCGCCCGGUGUUAAAGGAGACCCCGAUAUGCCUUUUAGAGUGGGACACAAUCUGUUAAAGGCUCAUGCUGCAGUGUGGCAUCUCUAUAAUGAGCGCUAUCGUCCUCAGCAGGGCGGGAGAGUGUCCAUAGCUCUGGCGUCACACUGGAUCAAACCCAGUAGCACAAGGCUGGAAAGCCACCAGGCCUGCCAGUGCUCACUGGACUUUGUUUUGGGCUGGUUCGCCAGGCCGAUCUUUGUGGACGGUGACUAUCCACCCUGCAUGAAGCGUAACUUGACACACAGGCUGCCAACAUUCACAGAAGAGGAGAAGAAGCAUAUAAAUGGAACGGCGGACUUCUUUGCCUUGUCUCAUGGACCUGCUCUCAGCUUCCAGCUAAUUAAUGACAGCCUGCGAUUUGGACAAACAGAGGACCUAGACCUGCGCAUGCUGCUCUACUGGGUCCACGCCGAAUAUAACAACCCGGCCAUCUUCGUGGUGGAGAGUGGCUGGUUCGUCAGCGCUAACACCAAGACGAAGGAUGCAAAGCACAUGUACUACCUGAAGCGCUUUAUAAUGGAGACUCUGAAGGCUAUCCGCUUGGACAAAGUGAACGUGAUCGGCUACACUGCAUGGUCGUUGCUGGAUGGCUUUGAAUGGUAUCGGGAGUAUGGGAUACGUCGUGGUCUUUUCUACGUAGACUUUAAUUCAGAGCACCUGACGAGAGAGCCCAAGACCUCAGCCUUGUUCUACAGUAAACUGAUCGAGAAGAACGGCUUUCCUGAGCUUCCAGAGAACCGUCCCACUGUGGGAGUCUUUCCCUGUGACUUCGCCUGGGGUGUAGCUGCAAACUCCAUACAGGUGGAGACUACACCUUCACAGUUUGUUGACACAAGUGUGUAUAUCUGGAACAUCUCAGAUAAUGGAAAGCUGAAGAGGCUGGAGGCUGUGCAAGUCCCUGUGCGGAGGAUACGCCACUGUGCGGAUUUCGCUGCCAUCCGGCAACAGGUAUCAGAGAUUCAGGCGAUGCAUGUGACCCACUUCCACUUCUCCCUCAACUGGUCCUCUAUAAUCCCUACAGGCCAGAUAUCAGAAGCCAAUAACACACUGCUGAACUAUUACCACUGCUUUGUUAGUGAGCUACAGAGGGCCAACGUCACCCCGGUGGUGACUCUCUGGCACCACACGGGUAAGCUCUCCAGCCUGCCAGCUCCACUGGAGGCUAAUGGGGGCUGGCAGAGGGAAGAGACUGUGCAGGCCUUUGCAGAUUAUGCUAGGCUGUGCUUCCAAAGGCUCGGAGCCCACGUCAAGCUGUGGAUCACACUGAACGAGCCCAAUGAAGAAGGGCUCUGCUAUGCUGUUGGACACCAGUUACUGCGUGCCCAUGCUCUAGCCUGGCGUGUCUACGACAGAGAGUUUCGCCAGUCUCAGGGAGGCAAAGCCUCGUUGGUGCUUCAUAUGGACUGGGUAGAACCUGCGUUCUCCUUCAACCGAGAGGAUGUGGCCCCUGCCAAACGAGUGCUGGACCUGCGAGUGGGAUGGUUCGCCGAGCCAAUCUUCGGGAGUGGUGACUACCCACCCCUGAUGCGCAGCUGGCUCCAGCAGCGAAACCCCCUUGACCUCUUCAACUACCACUUGCCCAACUUCAGCGAGGAGGACCGACAGCUGGUCAAAGGCACCUACGACUUCUUUGCCAUCAGUCACUUCACUACGUCUAUGGUGUACAAUGGAGUGGAAGAUAAGUACUUAUACAAGGACAACUUAGAGGUGCAGAUGAUUUCUGAUGUUACCUGGAUAAUGUCCCCACGGCGUAACUCUCCUGUAGUUCCCUGGGGUCUGCGCAAAGCCCUCAACUGGGUCAAUCUGCAUUAUAAAGGAGUGCCCAUCUACGUCAUGGCCAAUGGUGUCCAAGAAGACACGGCCAGAUUCAAAGACAGCCUCCGGGUUUAUUAUCUGUAUAACUACGUCAAUGAAGCCCUCAAAGCGUACACGCUGGACGGGGUCAAUCUGCAAGGUUACUUUGCUUAUGCCUUUAACGACCAGCACGAUCCCGGCUUCGGCAUGUACGGCAACGUGCAGGACGAGGUCAUAAUGAAAGACUCUAUGAUCCACUACAGGAACAUCAUUGACCAUAAUGGGUUCCCUGCCCAAAGCAGUCCCCCACAGCAGUGUCUCCACACACCUGUCCAGUGUCCAGUGUGUCAGGUUUUGGCUAAGCAGCCUGUCGUUGGGUUCAUCUCUUUGGUAGCCUCUUCUGUGCUCAUUACUCUGGGUCUUGUUAUAUAUUAUGGAGCAAAGAGACAUAAAUAAAAUGUAGUUUAAGUAAUGUGAAACUGUAACUGUAACUGAAACUGUGUGUAGUUUGUAUUGCCUAGUCUGGUAUUUGUGAGAUGCCCAUGCAGAUUAACUUUGUAUAUUGAAAACUUAA